GACCAUUUUUUCAAAUGGUAAACUGCUUGAGUAGACAUCUUGAUUUAUCCACCAUCGUUGGCUCGAGCCCUUGAUUCUCAACGCUCGCUGUUUUCGCUGAUGCCAUGCUGGGCUAGGGGCUUCGGAGAGAAAAGGCAUUUGCCUGUAUCCGGGUUAGACAUGGAAGGAAAAAAGUUUCAUGUCUGUCUGAAAACGUAUAACAUGAGCUUGCUCUAACGGACGGUAUUUAUGCGGAUAUUCGAUACUCUUGCGCUUUUUCAUUUUACGCUAACGUCGUUUUCUUGUUAGCUAACGUUAGCUGUCUGGCUUCUUUUGUGUUCUGCUUUUCUUCCUCUUUUUUUCAUUAGCCAGUUAGCUUGCUAGCUCGACUGGACUUUAUGCCUGAGAUGUGGACUUGAUCAUGGCCGCACAAGUGGCAACAGCCCCAACAUCAAAUGGUAAGAAAAGGUCGAAUUUAGCUAGUAGCUUGAGUCAAGAUUUGAAAUCUGGCAAGUCUGGAGUAGUUGGUGGAGCUGUGCUUGGGGUAGGAAAUGGGACUAGCGUUCAUGCUAUGAAUAAUGUAGAACGCCAUGAACUGAACCCGACCAGUAGAGCUCGAGCUUCUCCUGCAAACAACGAUUCGAAUCCACGUGAGAAGGAAAGUAGAGAUUCUAGAUCGGCGUCUUUUUCGACUUCAAAUUCUAGCAUGGAGACGGGAAUGUUUGUGAGUCAUAAAGUGAAAAAUGUUGGUGGCGAAGAUACUCCAUCUCUCCACCACACACCUCCUCAGCAACAGCCAUUCAACCAAUUCAUUCAGCACCAACAACGCCAAAUUCAGAACAACAACCAGCAGUUGCUACAUGGAGAAAGUGGAAACCGCCAACAUGGAGAAAGUGGAAACCGCCAACAUGGAGGAAAAGGGAAUGUUGUUUUAGGGAAUACAGUCGAACGCCAUCAGCAACAGGAAAUGCUGAAUAAAAAUGAGGACGACCAACCGAGCAAAACGGAAGACCGGUUGGACAGCAGGUACGAGCAUGCCAGUUCGGGACCAACGAAUAACAACAUCAACCCGUCCCAAAGUGGUACCAGCUCAGUUUCGGAGUUUAAUAGUUAUUAUGGAAAUGGUAAAGGAGGGCCUUGCUUUGAUCAACAUGGCGGACAACAAAGCCCUGGGUCUGGGAUAAUGCAUUCGGUACAACAGAAUAUGGAUCAAGUUCAACAAAACUCUCACGAAGGGUACCACAACAACCCGUACAACCACUACCCGACUUACCGACCUGGCUACGGUAAUAGUGGAUAUGGGAUGAUGAGUCCCUCUCGGCAGGGGAACAACAUGAUGGGCCUAGGCAGCAACACGGCUGCUGCUCAUCAUAGCAAAGCUGCCAUGGCCGCUGCCUCUUCUGGUGGUGCUAAUGUUGGAGGGUUUCAGAGAUUUCCAGGGCAAACUCAGCAACAUCCUUCGGGGGCUACCCCAACUCUAAACCAGCUACUGACAUCCCCGAGUCCUAUGAUGCGGGGCUAUGGCGGUGGCUAUCAAGAUUACACUAAUCCCUCUGCUCAACAACAACAACAAUCAAGCAUGGGGCUGACCAAAGACAUAAACCCCCAAUACGGUCCAGUUACACAUGUUUGGGGAGGACAACAAAGAAAUCACCCUGCCAUGAGCCCUGGAAACAACGGACAAGGAAGCGGCAGAUCACAGGUGCCACCCAUGGACGCCAUGGCCAUGAAGCGUUCUCAGCUCUACGGCAUAGGCAACAACCCUUACUCCCAGCAACAACAGGGCGGGGGCGGGUCUUACCCUGGCCAGCCAUACGGAUCGCCUUCUCCUCACCGCUAUCCAAUGGGAAUGCACGGGAGGGGUCAAGUGGGCAUGAGUGGAAUGCAGUAUCCUCAACAGCAGCAGAUGGUAGCCCAGUAUGGACAGCAGCAUCAGGGGCAGCAGCAGCAGGGUGGGUACUGCCAGCCGCAGGGCCAGUCCCCGUACUUCAGCCCUCCCCAGCAACAGCCCACCACCCCCACACAGCCCCCCUACAUGCAGCCACGCCCACCACCACCACAACAGGAUGUGUCACAGGAGGGCUAUGGCAACAGGGGCCAGUCUGCUAUGACCCCUGGGAAGCCCAACCAUGAGGAGAUGGGCCUCAGCCAGCAGGACAGACCUUCCAGUCUACCUGACCUGUCUGGCACCAUAGAUGAUCUUCCUACGGGCACAGAGGUGGCCGUCAGCUCAGCGGUCAGCGCUUCGGGGUCCACCAGCAGCCAGGGCGAGCAGAGUAACCCGGCCCAGUCGCCUUUCUCACCCCACGUAUCCCCGCGCCUCCCCGGCCUGCGCAGCGGCCCCUCCCCCUCCCCCGUGGGAUCACCCGUUGGCUCCAGCCAAUCACGCUCCGGGCCAAUCUCCCCCGCCAGCGUCCCAGGCACCCAGAUGGCCCCCCAGACCCCUGGGAACAUGUCUGAUGUGGGCUCCCAUUCCACCCUGAGCCAGUCCCCCAUGUCUCAGGAGAGAGGGUUCCCACCUGCCAUGCAGCGGAACACCCCAGGCCCCCAGCAGUUUGGCCCCCAGCAGUCGGGCCAGGGGCCCCCCGUGUCCCCUCGCCCCUCCCUGGGGGGCUCCAUGCACCCGGGCUCCUAUCAGCAGCAGCAGCAGGGGGGCCCUGGCCCCUCGUACGGAUCCCAGACCAGCCAGUACGGCCCCCAAGGUAACUACCCCAGGCCCCCGAACUACGGCGGGGCUCCCAGUGCCAACUACAGCGGCCCCGGCCCUGGCAUGAGCAACAGUUUGGGCAUGAACGCCAGCAGCCCCAUGCAUGGCCAGGGCCCCGGACAGCCCUGUGGCUCCAUGCCCGCCGGGCGAGGCUUGGGUCCGGGGGCCAGCGGGCGCCCCUACCCCUGUGCCACCACCAACACCAUGGCCCCCACCUCUCCCAGCAUGCCGCAGCCUGCCGGACAGGGUCAGGGCAUGAGACCACCCCUGCCCAACGUUAAUCGCAAGCCGGGCCACGAGGCAGGCCCCGGCCCCAACGCCAUGCAGGGUCCAAACGCUGGUCCCAACCCCUCUGCCCAGGGCCGGCAGGGAAUGACCCCCAUGCCGCACCACCCAGGCAUGAACCCCAUGGGCCCCGGAGGUGUGGGCCCCGGCCCCGGAGGUGUGGGCCCCAGCCCUGGAGGCCUCUACAGCCAGCAGCCAGGGGCUAACACCUCUGGAAGGAUUACCCCACAGGGGCCCCACCCGCUCUACAACGCACCCCCACCCUCAGGGCCCAUGCAGAUGGGAGGAGAGGGGAUGGUGGGUCCCCCUGACCCCAAACGGAGACCUCCAGAGCAGCACAGGGAGGGCAACACUCCUGCCCCUGCCGUCGAACCACCACCUAAACCCAAGUGUAUGAAAGUCCGACUGAAAUCUCUCAUCACGUGUGCGUGCGGCGUGUGUGCGUGUGUUUUUUGUUUUUGUCCCGUCUAUUCCCCGUCGCAGGACCGCUACAGCUCCUCUCAGUGUUUGUCCCAGCCCCCCACCCCCUGUCCCCUGUCCCCCAGCCCUGCUAGUCUGUCCUCUUGUCACGGGGCGCAGGACAGCAGAGAUAUCAUUAGCAGCCACCCUGCUGUCGCUGGGGCCUGGCCAAAGACCCCCACCAGCCCUAAGCCCAGCCCGGCCACCAUGACCAAUGAGAAGAUCCGCAUCCUGUAUGAGAUGGGCGGGGAGCCCGAGAGGAGGAUGUGGGUGGACCGCUACCUGGCCUUCAUGGAGGAGAGGGGCACGCCCGUACCCAUGCUGCCUGCCGUGGGCAAGAAGCCCCUGGACCUAUGCCGCCUCUAUCUGUCUGUCCGAGAGAUAGGAGGCCUGGCUAUGGUGAACAAGAGUAAGAAGUGGAGGGAGCUGUCUACCCACCUCAACGUGGGCACGUCCAGCAGCUCCGCCAGCUCUCUGAAGAAGCAGUACAUCCAUUACCUGUUUGCCUUCGAGUGUAAAGUGGAGCGGGGAGAGGAGCCGCCGCUGGAGAUACCGGGAGAAACCAAGAAACAGGCCCAGGCGCACCAGGCUAGGAUCCAGCCGCCCUCACCAGCCAACUCCGGCUCCCUGCAGGGUCCCAAUACCCCCCAGUCUACAGGCAGCAGCUCCAUGAGUGAGAUGCCAGAGGGUAUGAAGCGCCCCACCCCAGCCACCACACCCCACGGACACAUGACCCCACAGCCAGGAAACAGGAACAGUGGUGGUAUCCGUGUCCAGGAUCCCUUCUCAGAGAUCAGUGACCCUGCCUUCCACAAGCGAGGGCCCAUGCCCUCUGGCACCCCCUACCAGCAGAGUGGCAGUAGUUCAGACCCCUCCAUGAGGAUGCAGUACGACGCCAACAAGGACCUCUAUGGAGGGCCCCAGAAAGGGCCAGGGGGCAGUGAGUCCUAUGGACCAGGUCAGAUGCCCAGCGGUGCCGUGCAGGAUAUGUACCCCCGUGGUGCUCCCUCAGGAGCCAUGCCAGGGAUGGGCCCCGGCCCGCGGCCACAGUACCCCUACGGGCCUGGCUACGACAGAAGACCAGACCAUGUGAUGGGUCCAGAGGGGGGUAUGGCUCCCCCUGGGGGUCAGAACAAUAUGGGACCUUCCAGCGGUGACCCCAGCAUGUACUCUGCCAACAGAUACCCUCAGCAGAGACCACAUGGACAUGAGAGUUACGGGCAGCAGCAAUACCCUCACGGCCCCAUGCCCUACGGCUCUCACCAGCCUGGAAUGUAUCCACAGCAACAGGGCUAUAAGAGGCCAGUAGGACCAGAGGUUAUGUACGGUCCCCCUGCUAAGCGCCAUGAGGGUGAGGCCUACGGCAUGCAGCAGUAUGGAGGGCAGCAGCCAGGCAUGUACAGCCAGUAUGGAGGGAAUUACAUGGGGCCAGAGCGCAGGCCCAUGCAGGGCCAGUACCCUUACCCCUACAGCCGAGACCGCAUGGGGGCCACCCAGGGGCCACAGCAACACGCCAUGAUGAGUGGAGGGCCCCCUGCUUCUUCUGGAGCCUCUGCAGAGGGCCCACAGGUCAACAUGUGGCACCCCAGGACAGACAUGGGCUACCCCGGGUCUUACCGUGGCCAACUGGGCCAGGGGCCCCCUUACCCUGGUUUGGGCCGGGGCCCGGGGGAUGACCCAGAGGGAAGGAGCUCCCCAGAUGGGCAGUGGCCCCCCGGACCUCCAGGCCAGCACCAGCCCCCGUAUCCACCCCACUCCUCCUCGGCCUCCUCCAUGCCCCCAAUGGCAUCCAGACAGCCCCCCUCCUCCUACCAAUCCAACCCCGCCAUGGCCAACCACAUCUCUAGAGCCCCCAGCCCCUCGCCCUUCCCCCGGCCCAUGGGGGGAUCUGGACCCCUGUCCCCCAACAAUGGGGGCCCCUACAUGGCAUCUCUGAAGAAGGCAGGGAUGCCCGGAUCCAUGCCAGGCUCACUCGGCGGCGGAGGGAUGUCAGGGCAGGGCAUUCUACCUCUCCACAGAGAUAUCAGCUUCCCCGUGGGGUCAGUGGAGGCCACCCUGCCCAAACUCAAGGCCCGACGCAGACUUACCUCCAAGGAGACCGGAACUCCGGAGGCGUGGCGCGUGAUGAUGUCCCUUAAGUCGGGUCUGCUGGCGGAGAGCACGUGGGCCCUGGACACCAUCAACAUCCUGCUGUAUGACGACAACACUGUGUCCUCCUUCACCCUCGCACAGUUGCCUGGCUUCCUGGAGCUGAUAGUGGAGUACUUCCGCCGGUGCCUGAUCUCCAUCUUUGGGAUCCUGGAUGAGUAUGAGGUGGGCACAGAGGGACAGAGGACGCUGCUAGGACCAAUCGCAGACCAGGAGGAAGAGCCUGCCGUUCCAGAGCUCGGCAGCCAAUUAUGCGAAGAGCAGAGGGAUAGCAGGCCAGAAGAGGCGGGGAUAGAGAAGCCCACAGCCAACGGCAGCACAGAGGCGGUGGUCUCAGAGGAAAAGACGGAGGAGCCUGUCGAGGUGACUGUGAAAGAGGAGAAGGUAGAAGUGGAAGAAUCUGAGGUGGGGGCAACCACGGAGCAGUCUGAGCCUCCCCAGCCCGAGGGGCCCCCAGAGCCGAGGCCCAAACAGGCCAGUAAGUACGACAAGCUGCCUGUGAAGGUGGAGGAAAAGAGUGCGGAGGAGGACCAGGUGGAGGAGCGCCAGGGACUCAGCCUGCCCAGGGGCUUCAACUCCGGCCUGCUGCACUGGAAGGCUGGGGGGGGGGACUCCACGGCCCACAUCCAGACACACUUCGAGAAACGCAGCGAAGAGACGGACAGCAAGAAUACAGAGGAGAGGGUAGGAGAGCAGGAGGAGGAGAGGAAGGUGGAAGAAGGGGCCGUUGUAGAGAAGACCAUGACUGAUACAGCCACCGUGGACGAUAUGCUGAGUGCCCGACCAGGCUCUCGGUCUCUGUCAGAGAGGAACGAUCUUACUGGGACGUUCUCCUUUGUAGGAGGGGCGCAGACCCAAAGCCCUAUCUUGACCCUGCUGGAGGACGAGCCUCGCUGCUGGGACGAGGCGCCCCUCUCCACGGCCAAACCCUGGCAGGACGCCCUGGCCCGCCGCUGUGUCUGCGUCUCCAACAUCGUCCGCGGCCUCUCCUUCAUCCCAGGGAACGACAACGACAUGUCCCGCCACCCGGGCCUGGUGCUGAUCCUGGGGCGGCUGGUCCUUCUGCAUCACCUGCACCCCCAGAGGAGGAGGACGCAACCCAGCUACCAGAGAGAGGAGGAGCAGGGCCGGGCCUGCAGCAAGGACGAGUGGUGGUGGGACUGUUUGUCAGCCCUCAGGGAGAACACUCUGGUCACCCUGGCUAACAUCUCAGGUCAACUAGACCUGUCCCUCUACCCAGAGAGCAUCUGUCUGCCCAUCCUGGACGGGCUCCUCCACUGGAUGGUGUGUCCCUCUGCCGAGGCCCAGGACCCCUUCACCACGGCGGGCUGCUCCUCCUCCCUCACCCCCCAGAGAUUGGUGCUGGAGUGCCUGUGCAAGCUGAGCAUCCAGGACAACAACGUGGACCUCCUGCUGGCCACGCCGCCGUUCAGUCGUCAGGAGAAGCUCUACGCCACCCUGGUGCGCCACGUGGGUGAGCGGAAGUCCCAGGUGUGCCGGGAGAUGGCGGUGGCUGUGCUCUCUAACCUAGCGCAGGGGGACCCGACGGCGGCGCGUGCUAUCGCUCUGCAGAAGGGCAGCGUGGGAACACUCAUCGGCUUCCUGGAGGACUGCGUGGCCAUGGCCCAGCACCAGCAGGGACCCCACAGCCUGCUACACCCAGCACCAAUCCCCCACGCCGAACCCCCCAGCGUUAACAUGAUGUGCAGGGCCGCCAAGGCUCUGCUGGCCAUGGCCAAGGUGAAGGAGAACCGGCCAGAGUUUGUUCUCUACGAGAGCAGGCUACUGGAUAGCUCUCUGUCCUCUGUGCUGAGCUCGGCCGUGGCAGCCAUCAUGUGUGAAGUACUGUUUAAGAUUGGACGCUCCUCGUGACAGCCACAGGCAAAGACACAGAGGGAGGGGGGGUGCUUGGUCUGACAACCAAGCUACAGUGAACACGAACAUGGGUGUGCGUGGUAUAAUAUUUUUAUUUAAAUAAAACACAAUGUUUUUACAUACAAAUAAAUAUAUAGAAUAUAUAUAGCUCCUAUGCCCCAUUCACAACCUUCAUUUGGGAUUUUUAAAUCAUUUUAAUACAAAUAUUUAAUACUUUGUAUUUUACAUUUUUAUCUAUUAUUUUUAUUUGUCGGUUCGUUUUUGUUUUAACCAAAGUUGGCACCCGAUGAUAGAGAACGUACUUUAGUUUUGGGGUCUCUUGCUCUUAAAAAAUGUUUGGUAAUUAUCCGUGGCUGUUUGUCUGUGUGGGAUCUUUCCGAUGGUUGUUUUCUGCAGGAAGAAGCAGACUUAUUUAAAUUGUGAAUCAUGUUGUAGAUAGACCUCUUAUGUAUUAAUGUAAAGAA